CAGGAGGCGGGGCAAGCAGUCGGUAGGCGGAAGUCGCCCGCCGCCACCUCAGCUCGGCGUCGGUCAGAGCCGCGAACAUGGCGGGUAUCAAAGCUCUCGUGGCGCUGUCCUUCAGCGGAGCCAUCGGGCUGACGUUCCUCAUGCUGGGAUGCGCCCUGGAGUACUACGGUGUAUACUGGCCUCUGUUUGUCUUAAUAUUUUACUUCAUCUGCCCCAUUCCCCACUUCAUUGCAAAAAGAGUGAGUGAUGACAGUGAUGCAGCCAGCAGUGCCUGCAGGGAAUUGGCAUAUUUCUUCACAACUGGAAUUGUUGUUUCUGCCUUUGGAUUCCCUAUAAUCCUGGCACGGGUUGAAGCGGAUGCUGAAAACUUGGUGACUGGAGUGCAUUAGCAGUUAAAAGAUAAAAGGCCAAGCUUCCAGAGCUGCCCUUCUGGUUUUGAAAGCAUUUCCCAAGCUCAUGCUUUGCCCCCUCAAAGUCUGAGGACAUUCUGCUAGCUUCUUUUCUCUUUGCUUUCUGAGCUGCUCUUCAGUGGUGAGAUUUUUUUGUCACGUUUGUUUGCAAGGCAAAGAACUCUCUUGUCCUGUCUCCCAAACUACCCAACGACGGUUUUAUGUGUUGCGUUGUCUUCCCUCUCAGUCUUUUAGUUUUGCUUAAAACCUAUGCGCUUAGUUCGAAUUUAUUUGUAAUGCACGAUUUCCCUGACGCUGCUUUUUUGGUUUUAAGUUGUGGACCUGACAGUAGGCAGAACCAGAAGUGACCACGAGAGGGAACUCUAAUUCAUAGCUCUGUCUUCUAAGCGUAAACGUUGCUUGAGUACAUUUAGUCGAGCAGCUUCAUAAAACAAGCUGCUUUUAAGCCCCCGUUCUAUUUUCCAGGCUUGUUACUGGCAUUUAAAAGGCGAGCUUUUAUUUCGUUGCAUAGCAGUUAAAGGAGAGCAUUGGUUUCACCAGAAUUAUCUAUGAUUCAGGAAUGUUUUAGUGAUUUGUAUGGCAAGGUAAUUAUUUUGUUGUAAACCAGCCUUAGCAGCCUCUUGAAGAGUUGUAUGAGUACAUGUAUGUAGUAAUAUGAGUGGUUGCUAAUUGAAUAAUUCAUCACAUAAAUCGAACUAUUUCUUGUUUGUCUUUAUUUUCUUAAUGCUUUUAGCACCUUUCUGUAGUAUUUCAUUUAGUUUAUCUAAUGCAUAUAAAGAAUUGGCCUGAACCUGGAAGAACUGCUUUGAUUGUUUCAUUUCCUUGCAUUUCAGAUCAAAUGGGGAGCCUGUGGUCUGGUGCUGGCUGGCAAUGCAGUCAUUUUCCUUACUAUUUUAGGCUUUUUCCUUGUGUUUGGUAGAGGAGAUGACUUUAGCUGGGAGCAGUGGUAGGACAUCGCUCUGGUGCUGGUAAUAUUUCACAGCAUGUAUCACCAUAUGUAUCCUCUGUGUGUGUAUAUGUGUCUGUAUUAUAACAGCUGUGUGUGUGCAUGCUGAGGUGGAUGUAUGUGCAUAUACAUGUAGCUUUACAUUACCACAUCAUGAUAUGCUUUUUUAAAGUGCAUUUCAGCCAAAGGGAAAAAGCCUUUGUGACAUCUGUCCCAAUGUAGUCACUAAAAGCUGGAAUCACUGUUGCAAACCUGUCCCUAAUCUGAAAGUUUACAAAACAUAAGCCUUUUUACUCAUUUUUUUUUACUAUGUGUGCAUUAACUUUUGUUUUAAUCACAGUAGUACCAUUGAUACACAUGAUAUUGGUCAGCCUGCCUGUUGGGUUUUAACCAUGUAAUCAAAAUAGCCCAAGAUAAAGACGAUCCUACUUGGUAUUCUUCAACUUGAUCAUCUUUCUGCUUUGAUUAGGGAUGAACGAAGACUUGCUUUUCAUUUCCAUGAUCAUCAUUUUGGUGGUAUUUUUCUUGAUAACAUCAAACCAAACAUAGGUUAUGUCAACUCUUUUACUGCCUAAUGAAAGAAAAAGAAACUAACCCUGGUUAAACAUCCUUCCUUCCACAUAUGGUGUUCAUUUGAAAUAUAAGUCUCCCUCCCAAGGAUACUCAGACCUAACACCUGUGGUUAUACUUUGGGAAUAAUAUAAUCUAACGCUUUGAGCUGACAUUAAUACUCUUAGGAAGGUUCACAAAAGAAGAAACUAUGCACAGGACACUUACAAUGUAGUAUUGAACUCUGUGUUCUUAUGCGUGAAAUGCCUGAGUUGCGAAGUGAGUGUUCUGUGGGGUAGGACUUCUCAUCCCCCAGUUCUCACUGCUUUCAAAACAUACUUAUUCAACUGCUAUUUUUUGUCUGUAACGAAAGAUUGUUAUAUUAAAACACUAUGUUUUUAAACCAGCAUUAUCUUAGUAACCUUCACAUAAUCACACUUCUAAAAGUAAACCUUCCUAAUGGUUGAAUCCUGCAAAUUGUGGAGGCGUGUCAAAAAUGCAUUCUGAUGCGACCCUAACUCUAGAAGACAUCUCAGUAAUCUGCAAAGGGGUAAAGAAAGAGACACCUUAGUUUAUCCUUUGAUAUUAAAAUGGACAUAAAGAGGUUUCUGCUGUGUGAAAUAAGAAGCUGAACUCCUGCCUAGGGUAUGUUUUACACUUGCAAGUUCUUUAGGCUAGAAGGUUGCAGCUUAGUGUUUUAUAGUUGUGCGAGUCAGUUCACAGCUGACUGCUGGCACCCUGUGUAGCUGUGAGAGACACUGUGUGAGGAGGUAAUAGAAUCCACCCUACAAGAUGUGGCAGCUUCACUAACGCAAUGCUUUUUGCCUCCUAAGUUGUGUGCAACUACUGCUGCUGCUCCCCAAACUCUCCCAAUACUCAUGUAUUGCAAAAUGGGGCCCUGUGGAUUGCUGUGCAGAGCAAAGGUCCAAAACUUAACGUUACGUGAGCACUCUGCUGCUGGGUACAGAAAUCGUGCUGUGGGCCAAGUAAUGUAACAUGACUGAAGCAGGAAUGGAAUAUCAGGUUUCAGGAAGGUUGAUUACAUGUUUUAAGUUUAAACUUCAGAUGUGUGUAUAGUGAACAGUGCUGAGGAACGCUGAGUAGCUCUGUUUUAUACUGAAGCAUGUCUAGGCUGUCAUUCUUGUAAAGAAGAAUUAACAUUAAAGGAAAUGUUCUUUUCUGGAUGUUAAUGCUUCAUCAAAGACAUAACAGGAAUAUACUUGUAAAUAUGCUGUGCAUAAGCAAGUGUCUUCUUCCUGACAUUAGAUGAAAUCUCUUGGACACUACUAAUUUGUGAAGUACUAUUGUGGAAAUUGUUCUAACUAUGAGCCAAGUUGUUUAAAGUAAACAUGGCUUCCACCUAGAAGUCCUGCUUUGAGUUUUGAAGGAGGUGCUUUUAUUUCCCCUGUAAAUGGCAUUUUUCAUUCAAAUUACUGAAGUAAACCAGCAACAAUAACACACAAUAUCAGUGCCUGAUCCUGUAAAUGCCUAAUGUCAUUGUUAACAGUUCUCUUUAACUCCUGUUAAAAUACUUAUGUGCUUGCAGGAUUCUUGAGUAUUUUUACUCCUUAGAAUUGAUGUAGCAAAGGCUGGAGUAGAAGUGUACACAACUACUUGAGUACUGAUGAAAUGAUGGAAUCAUUCUCUGUAGAAUCUGUAGUGGAUCUCUUACUAGAUAGUGUGCUUGUGGCAGAUGGGAUACAGGCAGUAAACAAGUGACAAUCUAAAAUGAAAAGGAUGACUAGGAAGUGCAAUCUUGAGGUUGUUUCUUUGACAAAUGAUUCCAUUGUACUGUAUUUCCUUUGGUAUUCCCAUGUUUGGUGGGUGCCUCAGGAAAUGGCAGGUCAGCGGUGAGUGGAGAAAGUCAAUGCUUUGCUUUAUGUCUUCUUUUGAAGCAGCUCGUGCACUAAUCUUUAAUGUGAACUUCCUGCAGUUUUCACCAUGGACUUUUAUUUUAAGAUGUGUUAACUUUCAAAAUGGUGUUUAACAGUGUUUAAAUGAUGGAAAUCUUCCUUGACCUCUUGAAAAGUAAAACUGCUUCAAUGAGUCUUCGAUACCAAAUAGGGUAAAAGAACUUGUCAGUGCUUUUUUUUAUCAAGAGCUUCACUCAUUCACACAAACCUGGUGCUUCGAUGGCCAGUACUGGGCAUGGACUGUCACUAUCCACCAGUAGCUAUUUACUGUGGUUUCUCUGAAAUUGUUUUCCUCUAUGGAAGUGAAUACUAUGUAUCCAAAGUGCCUUAAUUUCCAUACUAUGCUGAUUUUGUGAAUGCGUAUACGUGGCAAUAUCACUGUGUUUCGUAGUCAGCUGAAGUUCUGUUACUGCAUUUUAUAAAGCUUCCUUGUGGACUAACCAUGUUUUCUGUAAUUCAGAAUGCAGUGCAGCUUUUGUAACUUUUGUAAACAGGGUUUUUAUUUCCUGUGAUCGCCAGGUUCUUCAGAUGAAGUAUUAAAACAUGGAAAUUGAAAUAUAUUCUACUUUUCUUUUUGAAUUGUCUAAUAAAACUGACUUUUUGAAUUGUCUAAUAAACAUAUCUGAUGCUUA